GCGCUGCCCGCCCCUGCUCGCCUGCCUGCCCUCCCGCAGCGAUGGCACUGCUGGCCCCCGAGAACGCCCUGCCGGAGCCCCCCGACAAGAGAUUGCAUUCCAGGAUGGAAGCCUCUUGCUUGGAGGUGGCCCUGGAAGGAGAGCGUUUGUGCAAAGCCGGGGAUUUCAAAGCUGGGGUGGCCUUCUUUGAAGCGGCUGUUCAGGUGGGAACAGAGGACCUGAAGACGCUCAGUGCCAUCUAUAGCCAGCUGGGCAACGCCUACUUCUACCUGAAGGAGUAUGCCAAGGCUCUGGAAUACCACAAACAUGAUCUCACCCUAGCUAGGACCACUGGGGACCGCAUCGGAGAGGCCAAAGCCAGUGGCAACCUGGGAAAUACGCUGAAGAUCCUCGGGCAGUUUGAUGAAGCCCUGGUCUGUUGCCAGAGGCACCUGGACAUCUCCCAGGAGCAGGGAGACAAGGUUGGAGAGGCGAGGGCGUUGUACAACAUUGGGAACGUCUACCACGCUAAAGGGAAGCAGCUGUCUUGGAGCUUGCCCCAGGAGCCUAACCACUUGCCCGAGGAAGUCCAGGAGAGUUUGGAGAAGGCGUCCGAAUUUUAUGAGAAGAACCUCUCUCUUGUGAAGGAGCUGGGGGACAGAGCUGCCCAAGGCCGGGCAUAUGGCAACCUAGGCAACAGCCACUACUUGCUGGGCAACUUCAGCAAAGCCAUCAUCUUCCACAAACAGCGCCUGGCCAUCGCCAAGGAGUUUGGCGACAAAGCAGCAGAAAGGAGAGCCCACAGCAAUUUGGGGAAUGCCCACAUCUUCUUGGGGAGGUUCGACAUCGCUGCAGAAUACUACAAGAAGACACUGCAGCUCUCCAGGCAGCUGAAGGACCAAGCAGUGGAGGCUCAAUCCUGCUACAGCCUGGGGAACACCUACACCCUCCUGCAGGACUACGAGAAGGCCAUUGAUUAUCACCUGAAACACCUGGCCAUCGCCCAGGAACUGGGAGACAGAGUGGGAGAAGGAAGAGCUUGCUGGAGCCUGGAAAAUGCCUACAUCUCUCUUGGAAACCGUGAACAAGCCUUAUACUUUGCAGAGAAACACCUUGAAAUCUCCCAAGAAGUCGGAGAUCAGGAUGGGGAGGCCACGGCUUGCUUGAACGUGGCCCAGCUGAGGGCAGUCCUGGGCCUGAAGCAGAAUGGAGAGGAUCUGGAGACCCCCGUGGCAGGAACCGGUUACGAAGAGCAGGGGGCAAGGCCCAAGAGGAUCCAGAGAAACCGCAUGAGCAGCCUUGAGUUCCUGAGAUUCCCAUCAGAAAAGGACCAGAACGGAGACGUGGAGAUCCCUGGGAAAGAAUUCAUGUCGCUGCCGGUCAGAUCCAAGAAACACAGGGGAAGCCAGUCCAUCCCAGACAGGAAGAUUCCACCACCCAGCGAAUCCCCUUUGGAAACCAGUGAUGUACGGGUUCAGCUGUCCCAACUGAAAAUCAAGCGGGCGCCUUCGGACGAGGAGUGCUUCUUUGAGCUGCUGAGCAAAUUCCAGAGCAACCGGAUGGAUGACCAACGCUGUCCCUUGGAGGAGGGCCAGAAGGAGCCCGAAGAAGCUACAGUGGCCACCCUGGUGCCUGCCCUGGAGGAGAGGACCUCCCAGUCCUCAAUGGCCUCCCCACAGACUGAGGAGCUCUUCGACCUCAUCGCCAGCUCCCAGAGCCGGCGGCUGGACGACCAGAGGGCCAGUGUGGGCAGCCUUCCAGGCCUGCGCAUUACCCCCAACAACCUCAGCCACCUCCGCAGGGAGGGUGGCACACAGCAGGAGCCGGGCGACGAGUUCUUCAACAUGCUCAUGAAGUGCCAGUCCUCUCGCAUCGAUGACCAGCGCUGCGCAGCCCCCGAUGCCACCCCACGCGGUCCCACUGUGCCAGAUGAAGAUUUCUUCAGCCUCAUCCAGAGGGCCCAGGCCAAGCGCAUCGACGAGCAGAGGGUGGACCUGGCUUUGGGUGAAGAGGAAGCCGAAGAAGAGGAAGCACAGCCCAGGCCCAGCUAAGACCGGUCUCCCAUGCAGGGUCUGGACUGAGCCCAUGUGCUGUGAGGACGCAGGCGCUGGGAGCAAGACAUUGGGGCAAUCUCAACUGUAGCAGUCCCGACUCAAGGGAGUGGCUCUGAGCAAGGCCCAUUUCUUGAAGGGGGGGCUGUUAUCCUAGAGAUGCUGGGGGAUGGAAAGUUGAGUGUGCCUCUACCACCAGGGGCAGUCUACCUCUAAGCUCCUAGAGACAUUCAUAAAAAUGUACAGUUGGAAGAGUGCCCCUAAGAUUCAUCUAGCCCAGCCCCCUGCAAUGUAGGAUUCACAGCUAAAGCAAACCUGACAGAUGGCCAUCCAUUGGCUACAGGGAAGAGAACAGGAGCAAUGGGGGAGGGGAUGCUUUUCACUCCUUCCCACAUCUCCGAGCCCAGUCAAAACUGGAAAUGAAGCCACCUGCAGGAAUAUCUGCCAAGAUUCAAUAUAUUCGCUAAUUUAUUCUAUAUAUAUAUAUAUAUACUGAGGGGAGGGGUCCUUCAUCUGCAUGGUACUUUCCCCAUCCCCGUAAAAAUCAAAGAGCUGCCAAAUAAAUUCUGUGGGGGAAGAGGGGUGCUUAUUAAACAUUUUUGGAACACAA